AUGAAAAUAUCAUUGAUUACUUUGUUUCUUAAUUACGAAUUGUUAGUCUGUCAAACUAUUCAUAAGGAACUCUUAAACGAUACACUUCUAGCAAAGAAAGUACACAAAUCCCUAAAACAAAUCGACACCCUCCUCGACGGAGUCCAAAAAGAAAUAAACAAACAAAGGAUAAUCCUCAAAUCUAGAAUAGAUUAUGAAAACGCUCCAAUACCAGAUGAUGGUGAUUUUCUGAAUUAUGAUGUCACAGAUUUGUUUUGGGGCGAACAAACUGAAUUGGAUGGGAUGACACAUGAAGAUAAAACAUCUACAUUCUUAGCAACACCAGAAACAGUAGCGCCGGUUCCGACUCCAGAAGAAAUAAACGAAGAAGAGAUUACUUGGCCAAGUUUGACAACACCUGAGUACACUACCAGCAAAUACUUCCCUAGAUAUCCAUAUGAACCUCCACAACUUUACCAAACCAUCCCUGCAUUAACCGCGCCACAGGAGCCUGUACCGACAAGGAACGAUUCCUUUGAUAUAAUUAUAACACCACCCAACUUCGUAAACAUGACACAUAAGGUUAAAAAUGACGCUGAUUACGAUUAUCACAAAGAAUUCCAUGCGGUCAAUAUUGGUGUCACAAAAAAAUCAUUUUUUGCAACUUUUCCCUUGCAUACUGAUGCCACAGUCACUGCUAAAGCUUAUCCACCUUAUGUUUACUCGCCACUUGAUAUCGAUAACCUUUACACUGUUAAAAAACCUUUUACAAUGGAACCAACAGUUUCUACAAAUAUUCCUUUCACUACGAACGUACAAAAAUCGAAAGAAAGCCAUAAUUUUAUAAACAUAUUUAGCCCAGUGACCCCGAGGAUACCCGUUCAAAGAUGGACAGCCAGAACUUCAUCCUGGGCCGGGCUGACUACAUUGUCACAGCCAAAAACCACUUUAUCAAAAGCGCAAUUGUGGGUUCAGAAUCUAAUGAAGAAUUCCGGCGCUCGUAUACACAGAGAAGGUUCUUUGUCUCCUCCCAGAUAUCCUCCACCUGCAACAGACAACGAAUUUUCCUUCUCCACAGGCCAAACAGAGAGGCUUGUACCAGAGACGGAACUUUAUGAGAUUUUUACAACUACACCAGAGCACGACCCUUUAACGAGCACAACUAUAGUUACUGCAUUACCAGGCUCUGCAGGGGAAAUAUUGUAUGGAGGCAUUGGAAUCAAAACCACUACCGAUUUGACCCCAUCUCCAAGACAAGUCUACUUCAAGAUGAUGGAGGAACAAAACGAAGGAUAUCUGACAAUCUUUCUAUUGGAAAUAUUAAAAAUUACUUCCUUGAAAGAUGAGAAACUAGUUAAAGAAGUCUUACUGGAAGUAGAACCACAUAUAAAUACUUGGUAUAACACCGAUCAAUUGAUGUGGUUCGGCCAACCCCUAGCUGACGUCAUCCAAAAACUUUCCCGGUUUAUAAGCGAAGCACCGAUUGAUUAUGUAAGAAGCUACUCAUCAAUGGUAUAUCAGUUGUUGAAAGUCAGGAAGACUGCUGUAGCAGUGGACGUAAACUCCAUCAUAGAUUAUGCUGAUCUGCUGUAUACGGAUGAUGAGGGAGGGCAACUUUUCGAUGCUAUAAUGGAAUACGAAGAAUACCCAAAUGGUAGCAUGACAUGCCGUGACAUGACAUUUCGUAACGUAGGCUAUGACACAUAUUAA